AUGACUGUCAUAUUGGAACAUGGAAACGGUCAUGACAAUAACGAUGGAAUGAUAAUGGAUAAACACACGGAAAACUGUGGAAACGCACGAAAAACUGUCGAAAACGCACGCAAAACGGUCGAAAACGCACGCGAACGAUCGAAAACUCACGGAAAACCGUCGAAAACGCACGGAAAACCGUCGAAAACGCACCAAAAACGGUCGAAACGCACGCGAAACGGUCGCACGCAAAACAGUCGUAACGCUUGUAAAACGGUUGAAUCCUUCGCUUUCUCCAAAAUACAUAACUCUUUGACAACUUUCGUGCAAUCUCCUCCUCCUCCUCCUGAUGAUGCUAACUUGGUUAACAAAGAUAGGGGACUUAGUAUUCUUCUGACAUAUUGUAAAAUGAAGGUGAUCGUACUACUGUCAACGAUUGGAAUCUUGAGUGCCUUACACUGCGACAAAGAUUACAAUUUUGAUAAACGAGGUUAUUACAUAACCUGUCAAUACCUUUCGAAAGACCACCUCGAUAUUCUUCGAAACAUCACAAUCAACAACGAAAUAAGUCUGAAGAUAGAAAAUUCUGCGUUAUACAACGUAACUUCCGAAAUAUUUCAAAAUGUGAAAGAAAUCCGUUUUCUUACUAUAAAAAAUUCAAUUUUCACAUUUUCACCAACGGAACGCAUCUUCAAAACUCUAUCAAAGUUAGAACAGCUCACCAUCCAGAAUACCACAUUUCAUAUGAAUGAAUACACUUUCUCAGGCAUAAAUCAUUUGAAGGAAUUGGUGUUAUCCAACAAUAGCUUGAUUAAAGUCGAAAAAAGUACGUUGAAGCAUUUAGAUGUCUUGGAGCAUUUUCAACUCACAGAAAAUAUGUUGGAAGAUACAGCAAAUAUCGUGAUAUGCGACUUAAAAAACUUAAAAUCGUUGAAUCUAUCAAAUAACUUGAUAGAGAGUGUUGAUUAUUUCUUCACAUUAUGUGAAAGUGCUAUUAACUCUAUGGAUUUUAGUGUUAAUAGUCAUUCAUAUGCUUUGAAUGUACCGAAAGAUGACUAUACCAUAUAUGAAUUUGCUUCGGAUUUAGUAGAGUUAGAUUUGAGCCACAACAGAUUGAGAACGUUAGGGGAUUUAUUUAACAAUAUCAAAUACAUUAAAGAGGUGAAAUUACAAGAAAACAUGCUAACUCUAUUGAAAAAUUCUGACUUCAAACUACUUGAAGAUUUGAAGAACCUCUUUCUCCAAAACAAUAAUAUAACUAUGAUAGAAGAUAGAGUAUUUCAUGGAAAAAACAAUUU